UCGCGGAAAUUGGCGAAUAAUAUACGGGAUUGCUUCGAGUUACGGCGGGGGGAAGCGGAUCCCGCGACCAUAACGCGCUUUCACGCAGAGGGGGAGUCGGCCCUUCUCUUGUUGCGGCGGCUGAGAAACCUGGACAGUACUCAUUUCAGUCGUAUCUUCUCGUUGUAGAAAUGCCCGCCUGCGCGAUCAUUAUGAUAAUCGAUUGUUAUGAAUGAGUUGCGUCUGCAAUGAUCGUCGGGGCGGGAGAAGGCCUUGGCGGUACCAAGGGUGGGUAAUGGGUUCUUCCUCUUUUUGUCAUGCGGAAGAUCGAAGCAAGCUGGGGGUUGGGGUGAAGUGCCUCUCUCUAUCAUGAGUCAAAGGCGAGUGCUACUUUCGCCGCCUUCAAAUGAGUCAAGAGGGCCGUACCUUCCAUCACGGAAUGAAGUGGUUGGUCCCCCGUCCUCCCGCUCCCGUGUGGAGGGAUCUUUCAAUCGCUGAUGGGGGGGUGAUGGCCGCUCUCCGCCGCGUAAAGUGGGAGUGGUGAACUGUCUUGGGGUGAAUUGUGUGAAUAAUAGGACAUAGUAGUAAAGUACGUUUGUGCCCGCUCACACCAGAGCAAGGAUCGGACUACGCGGGGUCGUGUUGGUGUGUGUCCGUUGUGAGGGCGGGAGUUUUAAGAUAGGGUAAAGUUUUUGGUGGGGAGUGGAAAAUAGGAGGAGGAGAGGAGGGGCGGGGCGGAGGGAGGGAGGGAGGGAGGGAGGGGGUGAGUGAAGGGUGUAGCGAUGGGGUCGAAAGCGCAUCUUCAUCAGCUUCAGGGGAAGCUGGCCCGGCUGGUUAUCCCCGCGCUAGAGAAAGUGAUUAAGAACUCGUCUUGGCGGAAGCACACGAAGAUCGUAGCGGAGUGUAAGGCGGUGAUCGAAUGGUUCUCGAAGCCGGUCGAGCUGCAGACGCAGGAAGUGACGGUGGUUAACGGAUCGAAUCCCUACAUAUCCGCGCAUCUGCCAGGCAUAGGCGACUCACCAGUCAAGGGAACGACGGCGGCCAACGGGUUCGAACGACCAGGGGGGGGAGGAGGGGCGGCGGGCGUCGCGGCCGCGGCCGCGGGGGAAGACAGCUCUGCUGCUGUGGCGGAAAAUGGAGGAGUGUCGACGGAGUCCAUCACUCCUGGAGACUCGUCAGGGUUGGGAUCCGGAUCGGCGGCGGGGGACCUGUCGAGGCGAAGCAGCUACAAUGGCCGGGGGGCCGGGGGGGAAGACGAAGCAGCUACAGUGGGCGGAGACACCGCCGCCGCAAGAGCUGGAGCCGGCGGCGGCGGACUUCCUCCCGCCCCUGUGCUCUUCGAAGAAGGUAAUCGCGCCUUCAACACAUUUGACACCGAGCUAAUCAUGCGCCCGCUCUUCAUGGCUUGCGAUACCCUUUCCGUCAAAAUGGUGGAUCCUGCGCUUGAUUGCAUGCAGAGGAUGAUUGCCCACGGCCAUCUCCGCGGGGAAAUGGACGUGGGCACGACUGCCGACAGCAAAACCCUCAUAUCGGUGAUGGAUUCGAUCUGCAAGUGUUACGACAUGGCCGACGAGAACAUCGAACUGCUGGUCCUGAAAUCCCUUCUCUCCGCAGUCACGUCGAGCUCUCUGCGUGUGCAUGGCGAGUGCUUGUUGAAGGCCGUGCGCACGUGCUACAACAUCUUCCUGGGCAGCAAAGCGGCGGUUAAUCAGCAGACGGCGAAGGCGUCGCUCACACAGAUGAUCAUCAUUGUCUUCAGGAGGAUGGAGGCAGACUCGUCGACCGUGCCCGUGCAUCCCAUCGUCGUCGCAGACCUGAUGGAACCGGCGGAGAGGUCGGUCUCUGACACAGGGGUCACGCAAUUUGUGCAGACUUUCAUCACGCGAGUCGUGCAGGACAUCGAGGUCGUUCUGACACCCAAUUCCUCCUUGAAGAAUUCGAAACACGACGGCGCGUUUGACGCGACGGCGGUGAGCGAGAACAGCCAGGGCACUGAUGUGCUGGAGGGUUGCGAUCGGGAUAUGCUCGACGCGAGGUAUUGGGAGAUCAACAUGUAUCGGGACGUGUUGGGAGACAGAGAGAAAGGAGGGUCGGGACGGAGGAGUCUUGGGGGUGAAGGCCUCGGUUCGGUAGAUGGAGGUGCUGCUGCUGAUACAACGAUGGACAGCAGCGGAGGCGGCAAGAGCGGCGAUGGCGUCGGCGGGGAGAAUGCGGGUGUCGGAUAUGGCGGGGGGGAUUUCACCGAAUUCGCGGUGACCAAUAAGCUCCGUCGCGAUGCGUUUCUGGUCUUCCGGGCGCUGUGCAAGCUGUCAAUGAAGGCCCCUCCGCAAGAAGGCAAUGCUGACCCUUUCGCUGUGAGAGGGAAAAUCGUUGCGCUGGAGUUGUUGAAGAUCUUGCUUGAGAAUGCGGGAGCAGUUUUCAGGACGAGCGAGAGGUUUGUUGGUGCGAUUAAGCAGUACUUAUGCUUAUCAUUGCUGAAGAACAGCUCGUCAUCAUUGAUCACGGUGUUCCAGCUAUCAUGUUCCAUUUUGAUGAGCUUGGUGUCGAGAUUCAGAGCUGGUUUGAAGGCCGAGAUUGGAGUUUUCUUUCCAAUGAUUGUGCUUCGUGUUUUGGAGAACGUGGCUCAUCCGAACUACCAGCAGAAGAUGAUCGUGCUACGUUUUUUGGAGAAGCUAUGUGUCGAUCCACAGGUGCUGGUUGACGUCUUCGUCAACUAUGACUGUGACUUGGAGUCUUCCAACAUCUUUGAGAGGAUGGUGAACGGGCUGCUGAAGACUGCACAGGGUGUUUCUCCUGGUAUUGACACAUCGUUAACACCACAGCAGGACACGGGUCUCAAAUUGGCUGCGCUGAAGAUUCUUGUGGGGGUGUUGAGGUCAAUGGGUAACUGGAUGAAUCGCCAGCUUCGGCUUACGGAUGUGCCAUACAUGAACAAGGCGAUAAGUAUUCUCUCUGCAGUUGAAGAUGCAGUCAGUGACACAGCGUCUUCGUUUGCAGCAGGGGCUCGUGAGGGUGAUGGGGUUGUGGAGGACAGCACAGAUAUGACAGACCUGUCAUCAGAGAAUGUUGCAGAGUCCUCUGAAGUUGCUCAACUUGAGCAGCGCAGGGCGUACAAGCUAGAGUUGCAGGAGGGAAUCAACAGGUUCAACAAAAAACCCAAGAAGGGAUUGGAGUACCUUAUUAAGUCAGGGAAGAUUGAUGGAUCUCCUGAAGGAGUAGUUGAAUUUUUGAAGUCCACACCGGGCCUUGACAAAGUGACGGUGGGGGAAUAUCUGGGUGAAAUGGAGGAGUUCUGUUUGAAGGUCAUGCAUGCAUAUGUCGACUCGUGUGACUUCUCUGGAAUGGGGAUCGACGAUGCCAUCAGGAAGCUGGUUGUGGGUUUUCGACCGUCUGGAGAAUCACAGAAGAUUGAUCGAUUGAUGGAAAAACUUGCUGAGCGUUAUUGCAAGUGUAAUCCAAAGGCCUUCACAAGUGCAGAUACGGCGUACGUUCUGGCUUAUUCGGUCAUCAUGCUGAACACUGAUGCACAUAACCCGAUGGUAAAGAUCAAGAUGUCUAAAGCAGAGUUCAUUAGAAAUAACCGCGGCAUUGAUGAUGGUAAUGACCUGCCUGAAGAAGUUUUGUCAUCUCUCUAUGACCGAAUUGUCAAGAAUGAGAUCAAGAUGAAGGUUGACAUGUCGGAUCAUAAAUCACAGCCGAGUUCAGGCAAUAAGUUUGCAGGUGGACUGGACUCUAUAAUCAGUCUCGUUAUUCGACGCCAAAGAGAAGUGCCUCUGAUGGAAACAAGUGAGGAUGUGAUCAGGCACAUGCAGGAGACAUUCCGUGCAAAGGCAGGGAAGUCAAGAGCGGUGUAUUAUGAGGCCCGAGAUGUGGAGGUCCUACGUCCCAUGGUGGAGGUGGUUUGGGCCCCAAUGCUUGCAGCAUUUAGUGUGCCACUUGACAACAGUGAUGAUGAAGUUGUCACCUUCCAGUGCUUGGAGGGAUUCCGGCAUGCAAUCCAUAUUACUUCGGUGAUGUGCAUGGACAAGUACAGGGAUGCAUUUAUCACCUCACUUGCAAAGUUUACAUCCCUCCACUCCGCAGCUGACAUCAAGCAGAAGAAUAUCGAUGCGAUCAAGGCUCUUGUGGCGAUUGCUGACGAAGAUGGAAACUAUCUUCAGGAGGCAUGGGAACAUAUUCUUACUUGUGUGUCCCGGUUUGAGCACUUGCACCUCAUCGGAGAGGGUGUGGCCACUGACGGAAUGUUCUUUUCGGCGCCGCAAUCCGAGAUGGACAAGGCCCGUCAGACUCAGAACAUGAUAAAGAAUGUGCUGCCAGCACUCCCGUCUCCCAUCAAGAAAAAGGGUGGAGGGCGCUUUGCAAUGGCUGCCGCGAACGCUGCCAGGCGUGGCUCAUAUGACAGUGCUGGAGUUGGAGGGCACGCUGCAGGAAUUGUCACAUCAGAGCAGAUGAACAAUCUUGUUCAGAACCUUAAUAUGUUGGAGCAAAUUGACAGCUUUGAGAUGAAUCGUAUAUUCACAAGGAGUGAGCGCCUCAACGGCGGGGCAAUCGUAGAUUUUGUGAAGGCCUUGUGCAAAGUGUCUCUCGAAGAAUUGAAAUCCCAAACUGAGCCACGUGUCUUCAGCCUGACGAAGAUUGUUGAAAUAUCACACUUCAACAUGAAGCGCAUCAGGCUGGUCUGGUCACGGAUAUGGUCUGUAUUGUCGGACUAUUUCGUCACUGUUGGAUGCAUGGAGAAUUUGUCGGUUGCCAUGUAUGCAGUGGACUCGCUGCGGCAGCUUGCAAUGAAGUUCUUGGAGAGGGAUGAAUUGGCGAAUUACAACUUCCAGAACGAAUUUUUGAAGCCUUUUUCAGUUGUCAUGCGGAAGAGCAGUGCGGUCGAAAUCCGGGAGUUGAUCAUCCGAUGUGUCUCGCAAAUGGUGUUUGCACGGGUCGCAAAUGUGAAGUCUGGAUGGAAGACAAUGUUCAUGGUGUUCACCACAGCCGCUUCUGAUGAUCAGAAGAACAUUGUCUUGCUGGCAUUUACAACCAUAGAAAAAAUUGUCCGGGACUACUUCCCUUAUAUCACGGAGACCGAGACAACCACAUUCACGGACUGUGUAAACUGUUUGAUUGCCUUCACAAAUAGUCGUUUCAGCAAGGAUGUGAGCAUCGAUGCUAUCAAGUUCCUACGUUUCUGUGCCGUGAAACUUGCAGAGGGCGAGCUCGGAAAACUGGGCAAAGAGGAUGAGAUAAAGAAGUCCAAACCUGUUACCCAGUUUACUGACAAGGAUGACCAUGUUUACUUCUGGUUUCCCCUUCUUGCAGGUCUCUCUGAGUUAACAUUUGACCCCCGGCCAGAAAUCCGGAAGGAUGCGUUGGAGGUUCUUUUCGACACUCUGCGGUUCCAUGGGCACUUAUUCUCUCCUGCGCUGUGGGAGCGCGUGUUUGAUUCAGUUUUAUUCCCAAUCUUUGACUACGUGCGGCGGGCAACGGAGCCUCAAAAGCCCCCAAAAGUCGACCAGGGAGCAUUUGCAAGAGUGGAAGAUGAUGAAGGUAUGGACAUGGAGCCAACGGAACUGGAGAUGGAUGCCUGGCUCUAUGAAACGUGCACUUUGGCUCUCCAGCUGGUUGUUGAUCUGUUUGUGAAGUUCUAUCCCGUCGUCUCGCCACUUUUAGGGCGCAUCCUGGGCCUGUUGACAGGCUUCAUUAAACGGCCCCAUCAGAGUCUUGCAGCAAUCGGGGUUGCUGCAUUUGUCAGGUUGAUGAGCAAUGCCGGUGAACUCUUCUCCGACGAGAAGUGGCAUGAGGUCCUCCUAGUCCUACAAGAUGCUGUGCAUUCGACUCUACCAAAUGUUGCACGGAUAGUUGGCAGGACUGGCGAGGAUCACGAAGAAGCUGCCCCUGGUGAAAGCCAUCCCAGCAGAACGUUGGAGAGUGCAGGAGAGGGGAGCCAAAUUACAACAGCUGUGGCAACAGUCACAGGGGAGGGUGGAAGUAGCUCAUCAGAGGAUGGGGAAUCUGUUACACAGGGUGAGAUGGCAGGGCUGAGCUUGCAGCAAACAAUUAUUGAUGUCAGAUGCCGAACUGCGGUCCAGUUGCUCCUUGUGCAGGCCAUGACUGAAAUUUACAAUAACCACUGGGAAAACCUGUCAAUGGAACAUGCUACACUUCUUCUGGACACAUUGCACAUGAUCGCUGCUCAUGCUCAUGGAGUGAAUAUGGACAGAACACUUCGCACAAGCUUACACCAACUCAGAAUGGUGACGCAAUUACCUGAUCCGCCAUUGCUCAGACUGGAGAGCGAAUCAUUCCAUGCAUAUUUGACACUUCUUCAGAGGCUUCCAGCAGACAAGCCAUCAGUUGCGCACGAAGGGGAGCUUGAGGUUCGCUUGGUGGAGCUAUGUGAGGAGGUGCUGCUUAUGUAUGUGAAUACAGCGACAAUCGGCAUUCCCGCAUCGAUGGGAGACAAACAGAGGCCUGCACAUUGGACUGUUCCUUUGGGUUCAGCUCGCCGAAGAGAAUUAACGGCAAGGGCGCCGCUUGUUGUUGCUACUCUCAGAACAGUUGCAGAGCUCCAUGAUCAGUCAUUUGAACAGCACCUCCUGCGGUUCUUUCCGUUGUUGACACAGCUCAUUGGUGCUGAGCAUGGCUCUGCAGAAGUCCAGAGUGUUCUUAGCCAGAUGUUCGCCAUACGUAUUGCCCCUAUGCUUGGUAUCACAGCAUAGUUGUGAUACGGUUGUGGUGGCUUCAUCGCUGCGGUAUACUGAUGACCCUUGUGUCUGUCAUGUCAAGAUGAAGAGGGUGAUCCUUGACUGGUAAGUAAACAAAAUGCCUUUUCUGAUGACCCUUGACAGGUUCUGCAUCCUCAGCCAGGUUCUGUGAAAAGUUGUGUCAAGAUGAAGAGUCUGACAUCAUCCAGCCAUAAGUAUUUACUAGAAACAGAAGGAUUUGCCGUCGGUUCCCCUUGCUUAAAAGGUCGACUCUGUUGGAAAGCAAGUGGAAAAGACAGCAGUUGUAUUUUAGUCCGGUGGCACACCCAUUAGAGUUCGUCACGUCUCAGUGCCACUUGUCUUUCAUCCGCUUCGUAUGUUAUAUUGGUGUAGGCUCUCUCUCUCUCUCUCUCUCUCUCUCUCUCUCUCUCUCUCUCUCUCUCUCUCUCUCUCUCUCUCUCUCUCUCUCUCUCUCUCUCACACACACACACACACACACAGACACACACACAUACACACACACAUACACACACAUAGAGUCUAGGCUAGCUUGUCUGCUCCAGUGGCCGUUCCUCGGCCAGAGUUUCCACUGAUAGCCGCUUUUGGUGUCUGCUUUUUUGCUCCUCUGAGUCCUCGCAUGUGUUCAUCACUCAGAGACUAGUGUGUUUUUCAUCCCGGUUGUCGGUACACAGUGUAGCACCACCUUCAAUCUCCUGGGACCUGUUUCAUCUCCAGAAGAGAUCUGCAUUCGGGUCUUGAAAUGGCGGGCUCGCUAGUGGUUUUCUUUUUCCAGCAUUUUUUUUCCUUAUGGUUAUGCGUACGUAUUCUGUGUCAGCUGCUGUCAGUGUGAUGUUAUCUUUGUAAACAUAGGUAGGCUUUAAGGAGCUGUUGCACCAGAGAACAUGGUGCCGGUUAGUGGUUGCCCAACCACAGCUAAUAAGAGGAGCAUUAAAGUGUUGGGGUUUCUUGGUUGGUUCUUGAUGUAGGGCUGUGAGCAGAGCAUCUUCAGGGUAUCGGUUUCCACCGAUGCUCCUGGAACAGGUGAGCGGCCUCUUGUACUCUUGCUUCUUGCCGUUGGAGAAGACGGACCAUACCGCCACCUUGCUAUUUCAUGUUUGGAAGGUCCUUUGUCAUGUUCUGUGCAUGUUGUGUCACUCAGCUUACCAGUCGGCAUCAAUGUUUGGUCGGCAUUGUGUGCUUUCUGUGCAUGAUGUUUAUCGUGAGGGGCAGAGGCUGAAGAGGGGAGGGGUGGGAUGCAAAGUGGAAGCAAGAGAGAGAAAACUGAAGCAAGCGAAAAGAGGCGGGAAAUGGGGUCCAUGGAGGCUAAUAAGGGCCCGAGUAGAGUCCACGCUGCUUGUUGCGCAAAAUCGGCUCUGCUUCUUUUCCUAGUUUAAAAGUACUGGUAGUUGUUCAUAUGAUAGUAAUAGCACGGGAAGCUCCAGAGCAGAAGAUCUGAAGUGGUUGUUUGACUAAAUUGGAGACCUGUACCCAACCACACAGCCCACAAGUCUAGUCUUGUUUGGGUAGUCCUGGGCUUUGGGGUCAUCAGGGCAAGUGUAGGUGAGGGGUGUCUUCAUUUUUUUCUUGGGUAGCAGGGCAUUUCCCAGGUGCAUGCAAGAUGUUCCUCCUCCCAUCUCCCUGUUAUUCAAACGAUGGGGUGCUUAGCCAAAUGCUUUGUGGUCUGUUAACUUCUGCAGAUGUUGAUGUUUAUUAUAUCAUGCGCUAUUGCUGUCACCACUUCUCCGUGUCAUGGGGUGGGAUCUAGGGCUGGAUGUGAUUGGAGGUAGCAUGGUGGGGGGGGGGCGCCUCAUUCUUAUCAACCUCUAGUAGCAGGGGGGGUUCGUGAUGGUGUUUUCUAACAGGGGCGGGCAGAGUUAUGGUGUAAAACACAGGGAUGAAUGCAAUUUGUCAAGUAGCAAAUUGGCCAUCGGUUGGUCUGGCAGUCGAGCUGGUUGGGCUGCAUGUGUAGGAGGUGGCGUGGGUGCAUUAGCUCGUUGUUCUGCCGUGCUCCCGGUUCAAAGCAUAUGGAAAUAGACCCUAUAGCUAGGAGAGGAAUAGGGCACAUCACUUGAUUAUGGUUGGUCAGUCUGUGCGCAAUUACUGUGCUGUUGGGUGCUGAUGUAGGAGGACAUGUGGAUGAACUUUGUUAUACUAUCUGCGUUUGCGAAUGGAGUUGAGGGUGAAAUGACAUGUAUUGACUAGUGAACAAUCGCAGUUGAUGUGCCAAUGUCGUGUCCGGUGGCUGCUUGUAUGGAGGAACAGGUGGAUGCAUUUGGCGCAUUUAUGUUGUUGCUCAAAGAAAACAUCGGAUCAUUACUAACCGAAUCCGUGCAGCUAUAAUGACCUACAUUCUCUGCGGUCGACGAUGGUAGGAAUGGAUUUGUUCAGCAUUUCUUCCUGUCAAUAAAUAUUAAAUCUUCAG